GCGGCGGACAAUACAAAGCAGUUACCAAGUAACAGUCGAUGUAGAGCAGCCAAACAUCGCAUCGGUUCACUAAUUCAAUGGUUGAAUAGUUCGCGAAUCGUGCGCAGCGCGUAUUCCAACAAUACACGCGCGGGACUUUGUGCUACAUUCUUACUUGUAAAUGACAACACAGAUGUAAAGCAGAGCCAGUGUACGGUGCGAGAGUGUGUCGGAUGGUGCAGUAGUGUGGCUUCCCUACGGACACGGAGGAGAUGGUCAAGAAGGGCUGUGUCGGAGCACGAGCCGCUAGUCGUGGCUGACGGACGCAGCACGGUGCGUACUGCCAGCACUGUGUGUCGCGACACACACGCACACACAGAGGAAACGCGAGCGCGCGACCGGCGCGCCAGUCGGCACACCGCCCGGGCGGGCGCCACACGACCGGGAUCUGCGCGAGCGACGAGCGGCGACGCGAACCAAAAUAAUAUCAGUGAAAUAAACACGUAUCCGCCAAACGCUGUAACGUGCGAGCGCAAGAUUCUGUGAAUUUAUUACGAGUACGUGAACGAGUCUCAGUGCAGAGGACGAAACGACAGACCGCAGUCUGUGCGAGAGAGCGAUUAGGGUUUACCGAACCCCUACGACGAAACGAUUCGAGAUCGGAGCCGCAGAAGUGACUUCUCGGCCCCUCGAAAAAUUGUAAAAAUCGCUCGGUGACUGUCAGGCACUAAAUUAUACCUGCACUAUUUCUUGUAUUAUAGCCGUACUAAAAACGAAAAAAUCUCGACAGAACGCCCUCUAUCAGUGGCCACGACAGAGGGUUUUUAAUUUAUGUACAUUUUAUAUAUGCAUAUAUAAAAAAGAGAAAAAUAGUGAUCUCUAACGUGACGUCACAAUAAUAUAAAAAUUGUGAUUAUUUAAAAUAAUUAAUUCAUUAUUAUAAUCGCUUUGCUGUUUUCAAAUCGCAUUUUUAACGCGUAUUGCCCGUUGUAUUGUUAGUUGUUUAUUUUUUAAAUUGUAAAUAUUAAAAAAUAUACUUAAUCAUAAUAGGUGUGACAUUGCGUAAAGUAACUAUAAUACUAGUCAUUGAUCUAGUGUAUUUAUUUUGAUAAUAUUCAAUUUUAUAAUCGAUAGAGGAUAAACUAAUUUUAUUAGAGGUUUCUGACUACGUAUCUAAAAUAUCUACUAAAAAACUUAACUGAGCCUGAGUGCGUCAAUAACCAAAGAAGAAAAAUAUAGCAGUGAACUUUAUAAAAAGUAAAAGCCAGGACGUCAAAAAAGGCAGGGAUCCGUGGGCUGUUCCAUAGACUUCUAACAGAGAAUAGUGCUUGACUCCGUUGAAUCGAUUACUACAAUCGGCAAGAUGCAGACCCAAAUCGGAGUUGGUAACGAGCUGCAGAGAAGCUACAGGAUGCAAGAUUUUGCAUCUCCCGGCGUCAUCAUGCGGGAGCGGAGCUUCAUUCGCCCUCAAUCCCAUCACAAUAUGCAUCAUAACCAGUUCAACAAUGCAAAACGACGGAGCAUGAUUCUGACCAACGCUAAAGGAAAACCUACGCUGGAAAUUUACAGACCUCCUGGUGUCCGCACAGACGGCGUGGCGACCACAGCUGCCACCUCGGGGACGACAACCUCAACCACAGCGGCCACUGCAUCUACACCCGCCUCGACCAACAAGCUCAAUGUUCACGCUAAGGAGUUCACCAUGGCCAAGCCUGCCGACCUGCAAAAUAGAUUCCAUUCAAUAGAGCGACAGUGCGGUGCGUCAUUCUCAUCAUCUUUAGACAUCAUUCUAAUGUUUGUCGACUUGUCAUUACACGAUCUCAAGCACUCGCGCUCGGCGGUGCUGCACGCGCACGUACCGCCGCACUACCGGCCCGUCAUGCCGCCCCACGCACUCCUCAACAGCGCCUCCAGCGGGAACGUGCCGCAUGCACAGGUGGGACCCCGUGUCCACUUCAAGCUGCAGCCUCAGCAAGCGAUCAUUCCGGAGAAGAAGAAGUCGCCGCCUUCGUCCCUGACGAACGGCAAUGGCAAGAGCAUUAGGCCUCAGUCGUUCACGCCUGGCCUUAAGCGCUCCAAGUCGUUAACGUCGGCUGACGCGCUGGCCAGUGGCAUGGCGGCCUUGGGACUCGCAGCCGAUGCAGGGGACCUCGGCAACUUCCCGCCCGAAAUUCAGGAAUGCAUCGAUAAGGCUCUCGAAGGCAAGCAUUUUUACCCGAACGCAGUAUCAGCGCGCACCCUAAUGGACGCGGUGGGUCACCUCGUGUCGCGCGCGGUGGAGUCCCCGCGCUACGCGCUGCCGGCCGCGCGGCGCUGCAUCGCCGUCGUCGAGCGAGAGAGUACCGAGACCUUCCUCGAGUCGCUGCUCAACACUUGCCAGCAGUGGUACCACGACCGGGACAAGUUGCUGGGCUCGACGGUGGGCGGCGGUCGUCCCCGCCUGAUGGCGUUCCUGUCGUUCCUGCUGGAGAUGUACUGCCAGCUCCGACGGCGCGCCAUCCAGCGCCGCGGUGCCUCCGCUCAGCCUGGACAGGUGCUGCUCACGCUCAUCUGCAAGUGCUGCGAGGACUGCAUCCGUCAGCCUGUGCCUUCUGCCAGCGAUACGGAGAACCUGUUCUUCGUGCUGACGUACAUCGGGCGCGACCUGGAGUCGCAGCUGCCGGGCGAGCUGGAGCGUCUGCUGACGGCGGUGCGCGACGCGUUCCUGACGGCGGGCGCGGCGCCGUCCAUCCGCCGCACGCUGCUGCAGCUCAUCGAGCUGCACGCGUCGCGCUGGCAGCUGCCGGGCUGCGCCGUGCUCUACUACUACCCCUCCUCCAAGUGACACCCGCGCGGGCGAGUCUCUACUCAGCACCUCGAUUGCGAUGCAAUUCCUGAUCCAACUAAAUUAUUCGCUAAAAUUUGCCUUCUGCACUAAAGAUACCCGGUCAAUCUUAGCGUACCCAGGAACUGCCACGUUGUAUGCCCAUAAAGUGGACAGUCCCCUGAUGUACUGUAGAGUAUUCCGUGUCGUAUCUUAAGGUAGCGAGUACUGCUUAAUGAGAUUUAGUUAAUGGCGACUACUCUCGGUGGUGGUAUAUUCGGUUUCUCGUAAAUUGCUCGGUGUAUUAUUUCAUGCGGCGACAAGCCUUUGACAGUGAGCGCUGGUCCCGAGGGGUACGAUAUUAUUCAGUAGGGAGUAAUUAUGUUAGAUUAGUAUACAAAGGUUACAAGCAUUUCUUGUAGUGUUUGAUUUGUUUCUACUUGACCUUCUUAGCGUUGCGUUAGUUGUAAAGGAGGUCUCCUUUUGUUGUCCCUUAUACGUAUCGUAGGCAUGAUGCUGCCAUAAGCUCAUUUAUUGUGCCUUUAAAGAUUUUAGUAGUGAUAGACACGUUCUCCACGCUCUCGAGUCAUUAUAAAAAUUAUUUUGUAAUAUUUAUCGGACGUAAGACGCACUCGGGAGCGCGGAACGUAGCAAUUAAAAUGUAAGGUGUAGUUUAGCUUAAGGUGGAUUUAGUAAACGCAAGAUAUGCCUUGAAAGUAUUAAAAAGUACGUGUAACAUAAGUAGUAGGACAAAACGACGAUGUACAUUACUGUACGUUCUUCGCAUAGUAUUUGGUGCAUUGUACCCUUUGUCGGUUGUGUCUAACUGUAGUGUCGCAGUGUCGCCAUCUAUACGUAGCGCUUGUAGUAGUAGCCUGUAGCACGGCCUCGCUCCACAGCCCGCACUAUACGUUAUGCACUCUGCUCCUAGUUUAUUUUGCCUUAGCGUAGAUGUCCCAAUUAUGGAAAUGAUCAUUCUAUUAAAUUAUAGAUGAAUCUUAUCAGCUUUCUUACACGACGAUCAUAUGAAUGUAUGACUGAACUUCCUAAGUAUGAAGUGUUUCAAUUUAUUAUGCUUGUGAUAUUAUAAAUUUAAGUUAUGUAAUCUCUGAUAAUAUCUCUGCUGUCCUAACCAAAGACUGUACUGACGAUGUGGAGAUUCAUGAUAUUAUUAACAAAGUGUAAACUGAAUGUUGUUGAAGCUGGACCAAAUUAUCUUCGUGUGUCGCCGCUGGCUCUGUAACCGUCGCGGCCACACUCACUUCAGUGACUAUUGUAAGUUCAUUUAGUUGUAGACACGUACUCCUACGUCUGAUCACCAUUAUCAAACUAAUGAUUUUUUUAAUAUUAGUUAAUUACAUUAUUAUGGAAAAAGUUAAAAGACCAUAAACUUUUCGUUAUUACUAUGCAUUCGUAGCAAUAUAAGGUAAUGGUAUGUUUGUAGAAAAGUUGAAAAAAUAAAAAAAAAUGGUGCUAACAAAAAUAUUGGUGUAUUGUAUAUUAUUUUAAUAGACUACGGGCAAUAACAUUGUUCUCGUUACCGCUAUAAUUUUGUACGAAUAAAACAUAAAAAUGAUAUAUAACCAAUAAAUUAUAUA